CCAGAAAUCGUAGUUAGUGAUUGAAUUUGGUUGUUCGGAAAAAUGUUAGUUAGUGACUUUUGGCAGCAAUAGGACGAUAUUCUAACCAACUCAGUAAUAUGUUCUAUAAAAGGAGUUCUUUGGCUUCAUCAUCCAGCUCUAAACAUUCACUUUUCUUCCACAUAUGCCGAAAUGCAGCCAAAUAAGGGUCAGAGGAUAUCAGGAGACAAUUAAAAACAUCUUGAUUUGUGGCAUACCGUGAACAUUUUCGACUAUUGUCUUUUCUGAAAAAAACGUAACUUAAAAUUGUGUUGCGGUCUAUUGAGAAACACGGACUACUUCAAAUAAAUAUAUCUCAUGAAUAGGCAGAAUUUGACAGACCAUUUUUUGUUUAUAAACAAAUACAUUCCUCAAACAAUAUUAUUUGCGAUAAGAGGAAACGUCGAUAAGCAUCGAUAGUAUUUUUUUGGUAUUUUGAAAACUAUAAAAAUAUGGAUAAAAACGACGUUUAAAAAAACAUGAAAAAUUAAUACAUAAUAAUAAUUUCAGAACUUUCUAAUAGUCGAAAAGUAGAGAAAACAUCUUUUCUUUAAAAUAUAAAAAAUAAUAAUCAUCUCGGGUUUUUUAAAGCCUCCAGGAAUAUUUAGAUUCUUAUUUGCUAUCACUAAGCGAAAAAGACAAAUUAAAUAUGAUCGGUUUAAGAGAAAAAAAACAUGGUUACAAAUUUUAUUCAAAAAAUUUGUUGUUAUUUGUAAACCAAUGCUACUACUAUUCUAAAAGUUUAACAGUGUGCCAUAUAGUUUAAUUUUUACCAAAAUCACUUAUGGCCGCUCUUUAACAUAUGCAAGAGCCACUGUGCGGCGUUGCCAUAUUAAAAAUUUAUCCCAAAGGCUGAUUUAAAAAUGACGAAAUUUAUAAAUAUUUCAAGUUUAUUUCUCUUGUAAUCUUGAAAGUACUAAAUAAAACUAUAUAUAAACAUUUUCAAAAGUUAUAAGCUAAUUAUAUUAUUACUUUGUUAAGAUUUCCCCUAAGUAUACUGAUACAAAAUUCAAAUUAACAACUGUGGUGAUAGACUUGGCAACGUAAACUGUUGCCAACUUAGCGGUUUUCCCGCUAAAUCUAGCGGUUUAUUUUUAAUUAACUUUAAAUUCGUCUUAUCUGAUAAUGAAAGUCCUAAUAAAAGGUUCAAAAAUAGACAAAAAGCAUAAUUUCGAGUUCAGUAUCGCCCCUAGAGGUAUUUAAUAUACGAAUCUGGCGGGUAUCUAUCUUCCAAAGUUGGCAACCCUGGCAACGUAGCAUUAUAAGAGGGUAUUCAAAUAUCGUCAGUUCCCCUGUGGAUGCCUUGUGGUAUAGACGUGGUUAGGCAGUCUAUUGUAUAUUUUUAGUAUAGACAGUCUAUAGUAUAAGUGUAUUUAGUGUCUUAAAGUUAAACGAACUUUACAAAGAUGGCAAACCCUACUCAGUGUUUAACAGUAUCCCAAAUAUUGAAAAGAAAGGCUGAAUUUGACGAUGAACCCAGAAAGAAAUCAAGGGAAGAUAGGAGGAAAGCUAAAGAACUAGAAGAAGCACGAAAAGCAGGAACUGCUCCGGCAGCUGUUGAUGAAGAAGGAAAGGAUAUUAAUCCUCAUAUACCCCAAUAUAUUUCGAAUGCGCCAUGGUAUUACGCGACCAGUGGCCCCACCUUAAGACAUCAAAGGCCUCAAUAUGAUAAACAACAAGAGUACUCUGCUAUAGACGAAUGGUAUAGAAGAGGACUUAACACAACUAAAAUCGUUACCAAAUACAGAAAAGGAGCUUGUGAAAAUUGUGGCGCUAUGACCCACAAAAAGAAGGAUUGCAUGGAUCGACCGAGGAAAGUCGGUGCCAAGUACUCUAACACAGAUAUUUUACCUGAUGAAUUUGUACAGAAGAAUUUAUCAUUGAGUUUCGACGGUAAAAGAGACAGAUGGAGUGGUUACAAUCCACUAGAGCACAUAUCAGUGAUAGAGGAAUUCCAGAAAGUAGAGGACGCAAAGAGGCAACUGAAAGCUGAAAAAUUAGAUGCACAAAAUUCUGAUAAUUAUGAAGAUGAAGACAAAUAUGUUGAUGAAGUAGAUAUGCCUGGUACAAAAGUAGAUAGCAAACAAAGAAUUACUGUAAGGAAUUUACGUAUUCGUGAAGAUACCGCAAAAUAUUUAAGAAAUUUAGAUCCGAAUUCUGCAUAUUAUGAUCCGAAAACUAGAUCUAUGAGGGAAAAUCCAAAUCCAGGAAAAGAUGAUACAUACAAAGGAGAAAACUUUGUAAGAUUUAGUGGUGCUACAAAAUCACAUGCAACAGCUCAACUUUUUGCUUGGGAAGCCUACGAGAAAGGUGUGGACGUUCAUCUCUUGGCCGAACCUACAAAAUUGGAACUGCUACAAAAGGAAUAUGAGAAAAAGAAGGAACAGUUCAAAACCAAAGUUCAGUCAAAUAUUUUAGAAAAAUAUGGAGGAGAAGAACAUUUGGAAGCUCCGCCAAAAACUUUAUUGCUUGCCCAAACAGAAGGUUAUGUUGAAUAUUCAAGAUCAGGAAAAAUUAUGAAGGGCCAAGAAAAAGAGGAGAUACGUUCCAAAUAUGAGGAAGAUAUUUAUAUUAACAAUCAUACAAGUGUUUGGGGUUCAUACUGGAAAAGUGGUCAGUGGAGUUAUAAAUGCUGUCAUUCUUUUAUCAAGAAUUCAUAUUGUUUGGGUGAAUCUGGAAAAAGUAGCAACAAUGACACAGAAUUAAACAAUAGUUCUGAUGUUAAUAUUAACCAAAGUGAAGAUAUUAAUAAUAUAUCGGAAACUACACAAGAAAGUGAAUUGACUUGUGAUAAAAAAUCAGAUGAUUCCAGUGAAAAUGAUAUCAGAACAAAGUCUGAAAAAAAGAAGAAAAAUAAGCACAAAGAGAAAAAAGCCGAAAAAGACAAAUUAUCAGAGGCUUUAAAAGCGGAAGAACAGCAUCAAAAGCAAGCCGAUUAUUUGUUGUCUUUGGAUGAAAGAAAGCGACCUUACAACAGUAUGUUUGAAGCAAAGAAACCAACGGAAGAAGAAAUUGAAGCAUAUUACCUAAAAAGGAAACGAGAGGAGGAUCCAAUGAGUCAGUUUUUAUAAUGUAACAUAGGUAUUUAUUCUGCAAUGUUAUUUUAAAAAUGUAUUAAACUAGUGAUCAAGAAAGUAUUGUAGUUUUAUUAGUUAUAUUUUUAUUACUCCGGCAAGACGCUAAUUUUUUUUUUUAAAUUCCACUGAUAAUAAUUUGUCGACACUUUUUAACAAAUA